CGCCCGCCGACUCCACCUCCUCUCCCCCCCCCCCGCGGGGUCCUAGUGCCUGCCCCUCCCUGGCAGUGUCCCGGGCUCAGUCGGUGCGAGGAGCCACCGCCGACGUCGCGGAGCCAGCCCAAGUCCAUUCAGGAAGCUUGAAGUGAAUUAAAUAAGGUGGCAUGCUGGACAAAGUGCCUGGCUCUCAGAAGACUCUCCAUAAUUAUUCUUAUCUCGGUCAAUCCUCACCCACCCUGUGAGGGAGAAGACUCCAGCCAAUACCUAUGAACAUUAGACUAUGCAUGGGGAAGAGGGGAAACUGAGGCAGGCCCACUAGGCAAAAGGGUACUGACCCUGAGGAUACAGCUCUUGCCUCUCACCCCAGGGUCUCCUGUGUCCUCCCUCGGCCUUCCAGGUAAGCUGUCCCCACAGUCUUUUCCUGGGGUGAGGGGCCAUGAGCCUCUAGAGGCCUGUACUUCCCCCACCACCCUCCUGGCACAGCUUAGCUCCAGCCUCCUCUCAACCCUAGUGUCUUAGAAGCCACCAAGCCCUGAGGUGUACAGAUGAGGGAAACAAGGCCUAGAGAGGAGCACUAGUUUCACCGAGUUCUCUCACAGGAAGUUACCCACAGGUCUGGAAGUAGAACCCAGGUCUCCCACCUCCCAGCCUAGUCUUUGGUGACACCUGGCUCCCCUCCCCUUUCUACACCAGUGUCCUCUCCCUGCUCACACCCCAUCUCCAGAAGCUGCUGCUGAGCCCGCCCUAAGUGGAUCAGUUGUAAUCCUCUUCCCUUCAUCCCCCGGGGAGGAUGAGCUGGUGUUAAGACUACCGCAGCCGUCAAUCCUAUUUCCUCCCAAACAUGAUCCCCAGGAGCAUCUGGUUGAAGGGGGUCUGGGCUCUGGACUAAGAAAGUAGGGGGUCUCAGAGCAGGUGUCCCAGGAAGCCCUGGUAGCUCAGAUACAUGGAUUAUGACUCAGGGGUUUCUAACUGCCAGCAUGGCUCAAGCUGCCUUGUGAGAGAAUGAGCUCCUCGUUGCCAGAGGUAUGGGAGCAGGAGCCAGACAGGGAUUCCAGAGCAGAGGGUGGACUAAGAUUCCUGUCUAGGGUGGAGUCCCUUACAGCUGUGUAAGGCCAGAUUCUGUGUGAACAGUUGCUGCCUCAAGAGCUAACCAACCAAAGGGAAAAGACAAAACACAUACUGGGGAUCUAGAGCUGACAGACAGAUGGUGCCACCCACCACUGGUCCACCCUCCUCUGGUCUCAGGUCUGUCUCCCCUGGGUACUUGGAGACCUUCGGGCUAGGCUCCCAUCUGGAUACUCUCUACAUCUGCAGCCUUGCUUGGCACAGGCCUUGGACACUGAGCUAAAGAAAGAAGAUGGUGAGACAGAUGGAACUCCCCUGCAAAUGCCACAGUGGAGAAGCCCAGAGGUUGGGGCAGGAAAGUGCAGAGAAGCCCCGCCCACCAAGGCCAUGGAGGUGGAGUCUGCAGAGGCCCUGUCUCCAGCCCCGGGCUACAAGCGUUCUGGACGCCGCUACAAGUGCCUGUCCUGUACCAAGACGUUUCCAAAUGCACCUAGGGCAGCGCGCCAUGCUGCCACACAUGGGUCUGCAGAUGGUAAAGAGGAGGUGACCGAGGUGAAGCCGAAGCCAGAGACAGAACCCAAGGCGGAGGAGGCCAGUGGGGACAAGGUGUCAGGUGCAGCGGCCAAGCCUCGGCCCUACGCGUGCCCGCUGUGCCCCAAGGCCUACAAGACAGCACCUGAGCUGCGUAGCCACGGGCGCAGCCACACGGGUGAGAAGCCCUUCCCGUGCCCCGAGUGUGGCCGUCGCUUCAUGCAGCCCGUGUGCCUGCGUGUGCACUUGGCAUCUCACGCUGGUGAGUUGCCCUUCCGCUGCACACACUGCCCCAAGGCCUAUGGUGCACUCUCCAAGCUCAAAAUCCAUCAGCGCGGCCACACCGGCGAGCGGCCGUAUGCCUGCGCCGACUGCGGCAAGAGCUUCGCGGACCCUUCGGUGUUCCGCAAGCAUCGGCGCACACAUGCCGGCUUGCGGCCCUACAGCUGUGAGCGCUGCGGCAAGGCCUACGCGGAGCUCAAGGAUCUCCGCAACCACGAGCGGUCCCACACCGGUGAGCGCCCCUUCCUCUGCUCUGAGUGCGGGAAGAGCUUCUCCCGCUCGUCCUCGCUCACAUGUCACCAGCGCAUCCACGCGGCGCAGAAGCCCUAUCGCUGCCCGGCCUGCGGCAAGGGCUUCACGCAGCUCAGCUCCUACCAGAGCCAUGAGCGCACCCACUCUGGCGAGAAGCCCUUCCUGUGCCCACGUUGCGGGCGCAUGUUCUCCGACCCCUCCAGCUUCCGUCGCCACCAGCGGGCGCAUGAGGGCGUGAAGCCUUACCGCUGCGAGAAGUGCGGCAAGGACUUCCGGCAGCCCGCCGACUUGGCCAUGCACCGUCGGGUGCACACGGGCGACCGGCCGUACAAGUGCGUGCAGUGCGACAAGACGUUCGUGGCGUCCUGGGACCUCAAGCGGCACGCACUGGUGCACUCUGGGCAGCGACCCUUCCGCUGCGAGGAGUGUGGGCGGGCCUUCGCCGAGCGUGCCAGCCUCACCAAGCACAGCCGAGUGCACUCGGGGGAGCGCCCCUUCCACUGUAACGCCUGUGGAAAAUCCUUUGUGGUAUCCUCAAGCCUGAGGAAGCAUGAGCGGACCCAUCGAAGCAGCGAGGCCGCAGGGGCUCCGCCACAACAGGAGCUGGUGGUAGGGCUGGCGCUGCCUGUUGGCGUGGCAGGCGAGGGCUCAGCGGCCCCAGCAGCUGGUGCAGGGCUAGGGGACCCUCCAGCAGGGCUGCUAGGGCUGCCUCCAGAGUCAGGUGGGGUGAUGGCCACGCAGUGGCAAGUGGUGGGCAUGACGGUGGAGCAUGUGGAGUGCCAGAAUGCUGGUGCUGGGGAGGUUUCUGGUCCCUUGGGGGGGACGAGUGAGGUGGACGAGAAGCCACCACAAUUUGUGUGCCGGGAGUGCAAGGAGACCUUCUCCACACUGACGUUACUGCGGCGGCACGAGCGUUCACAUCCAGAGCUCCGGCCCUUUCCCUGCACCCAGUGUGGCAAGAGCUUCUCUGACAGGGCUGGGCUGCGCAAACACAGCCGCACCCACAGCUCUGUGCGCCCCUACACCUGCCCUCACUGCCCCAAGGGCUUCUUGAGUGCCAGCGACCUGCGCAAGCACGAACGCACCCACCCUGUGCCCGUGGGGACCCCCACGCCCCUCGAGCCCCUCGUGGCUUUGCUAGGAAUGCCUGAAGAGGGGCCAGCCUGAGGCCCACCCCCCUCGGCCACACUUCCAGAAGCCCAACCCCCACAGGGUGUCUCCUGAGCCUCCUUUUGUCCCCGCUUAUUCUUUAGACUCCAGAUCCCCGCCCCGGGGCAGCUAGUUCACCAUAGCCCUACUGACAGAGCUGGAUGGAAACUGUGCGGUCUGGCAGCAGCUGUUAAGACACAAAGUUCUCUCUGAGCAGCACUCAUUAAAGCAUUCGCUUUGGCACUG